UUCUCGGUCUCAAGAUACUACUCUCAAAUUCUACUCUCAUAUUAUUAAAGUAAAGAGAGAGAGAGAGAAAGAGGCCAACCUUUGUUCAAAUUUUGAGUAUUGCAAGGCAAAAAUUACCAUGUCGAAUUACAGGUCUAUGUUAAAAACCAAUUCGAAGGAUCUAGAUAAGAGAGCUGAGCAAGCUCUGGUUAAAUUCAAGAACGCUGCUAAAAAAACCUAUUAUGUUGAUUUUAAAUACAAAUCCGAGGAUGACAUGAGCAGGUCAUGGGAGGGUGAGUGGCAAAGAUUUGCAGACCUGAGUGAAAAAGUUAGAGUAUUCCGUCGUCCGCCAGAUUUUUGUGAUUCACUUGCGUCGUCAUUUUCAUUAGAUGUCAGAAAUCCUUAUCUCCUAUCAGACGUAAUUCUCGACUCUAAAGGGGAAAAUGCUCUAGUGGUUUAUGACCACUUUGAUGAGCACUACUCAGAGUGGACAAUGAGAGAGCACUACUCAAAAGAGGCAUUCUUCGUGAGGAACAGUUACAACAGCUUGGACUUGAACCCUUUCUGGAAAACAUCCAUAAGAAACAUCUUGGGUGCCAUCCAGGAUAUUCAUGAGAAGGACAUGAUACAUGGUGCUCUCGAUGACGCCUCUUCAUAUGUGAUGAGAGGCGGGAACACUAUGUAUCUCAUUUUUUCCAGCAGAAAGUUCCAAUUGAUAACGCCUUCUCAACUGACAAUGAAGAAAGACUUGCAGGCCCUCAAGAGUUUUCUAACCCAACAAUGUCAGCAGCCAAAUACAACAAAUUUGGAUUGGAAAUUAUUCCUGAAAUUUUUUGAGUUGGAUAAGGCCAGCGCCAAAAAUCUGAGGAAUCACCCGGCCCUCAUGACUGAUAAAGAGAGAUUCAAUUAUUACGUGGCAAUUGGGCACUAUAUGGAGAAACGUCUUCAAAGCUCCGUCACUUCAGUUAGGCAAACGAUGAACGCACUCACGUAUCCUCCAUGUGGAAUGGACUGGCGUUACAUAAUCGUAAAUAAAACUCAUGCAAAUGGAAAGAAAUUUCUUGGAUAUGACAUGAUGAAUUUUAAAUUUCAAAAUCAAGUCAUAGCGCGUGCAAGACUAUAUGGAAGCUGAUGCAGCAAUGGAGAUCAGAUACUUUUUUCCUGGGUUUUUGUCAGAGCUAAAUGAGAUGUUCAUUCAGUAUUUGGACGUCCACAAUUUAUUAGAUUGAAUGCUUUGUAGUAUUAAUAAUUUUGUGAAUAUCCUGAAAUACUCUACUCAACUUUGUAAGAACUUGUUCUGAAAUUUGGUGUUAUUUCAAUAUAUUUUCUAUCAAGUCCGGACAAGGAAUUUCAAUUUAUUGUAUGUAAUAUGGUUAUGCCUUCAACAACUGCAUAGUAGAAACUUAAAAAUUGUAUUAUGGAUGCGUUUUAUUUUCUUUUUUCUUUCCCUCU